AUGUCUGAGGCUGGGACUACAUCUAUUUACGAACGAGUGUCAACGAUGUUCCUCAAGAAAUACAAGGAUUAUGUGAUAGGGAAGUAUAGAGAUGCUAGCGAUGCGCACAGGUUUCAUGAGUUGCUACGUUCAAAUGGGCUUGCUAGAGAAUUAUACGGUUCAUCUCAAAGACUCUGUACCAUCUAUGACAAUGCCGAUUGGCAUUCUAAAGUUUUGGAGACCUUAGAUCUGGAAUUGAUCUACAGUAAUGUGGACAAGAUGCCCAAGAAGACAGAAGAAGAGUAUACUGAUAAUUUAGUGAAAGAGCUAUUACGUUACUUCAAGCAAGAUUUUUUCCGUUGGUGCAACCAACCUGAUUGUGAUAAGUGUGGGCCUGGAUCCUCUAAAUUUCAAAAGGCUAUUGGUGUUGUGGGUCCUAACGGGGAGGAGGCCAAAUAUGAUUGUCAUGCAGUGGAAUUGUACAAAUGUAACGCUUGUGGGACUGAGACUAGAUUUGCACGUUAUAAUGAUCCAGUUAAACUAUUAGAGACACGUAAGGGCAGAUGUGGUGAAUGGGCCAACUUAUUCACAUUAAUUCUCAAAUCCUUUGGCUUAGAGGCACGUUACGUUUGGAAUCGUGAAGACCAUGUUUGGAAUGAAUACUACUCACCUUUUUUGAAAAGAUGGGUUCAUUUAGAUUCCUGUGAGCAGUCCUUUGAUCAGCCUUACAUCUAUGCUAUAAAUUGGAAUAAAUCCAUGUCAUACUGUGUUGCCUACAGUAGUGAUACUGUGACAGACGUUAGUAAACGUUAUAUUAUUAAGAAUCAAUUGCCGAGAGACCAAAUUAAGGAGGACGACUUACAAUUUUUCUGUUAUUAUGUGACCAAACAAUUGAGAAGUAGUCUAAAGGAUGAUGAAAUUUACAAUUUGGAUUGUAGAGAUAAUUUGGAAAAAUUGGAGUGGGUUCCCAAGCCUUCUAGUAGUGAUGGGAAGGAUGCCGCCACUAAUGCCAGUAAUCCCGGUGCAGGUAGAGAAAGUGGAUCAGCGGAAUGGAAACAACAAAGAGGUGAAGAUGGUAAAUGA